AUGGUAAAGCUAAGCGAUGGAGGAUGGCAGCCGGUGAUUCGAAGACAUGGCGGAAGACAAGUAUGGAAUAGCUGGACGAAUGGGUCUAUCCACUCUGUCUUCGUGGAUAAUCUACCCGAAACCAUGCGAGCGAAAGGGUUGUACUCAAUAUUUUCCAACUAUGGGGUUGUGGUUGAUACCUUCAUUCCAAACAAGUUGAGGAAAAUGACGAGAUCCCGGUUUGGCUUUGUUAGAUACAGUUGUCCUGUUGGACCAGACAUGGCUAUUCAUAAAGCCAAUGGGCUUUGGUGCGAUGAUAAAGCUUUAAAGGUUAAAAAGGCAGAUUACAGUAAGGAAGAUGGCACGAAAUAG